CCAAUACCGAAGCCAAAGAUUGAUGUUCAAGUCGACGACGACGAUGACAGUGAAACGUAUGACGCGGAAAGGACCGAACGAGACAGAGUUGACACAAGCCCUGAGCCAAGACGAUCGACAAGGAAUGUCAGGCAACCAGAACGGUAUGGCGAGGGAAUUCCCUCGUCG